GGUUAUCUGUCAUAGCAAAGGAUAGCAUCUUAGUGUGGGAGCAUUUUAAAAUUAGCACAUAUUUCUAGCUCUAGGUGUCGCUGUAUCAUCCGGUAUUCGGAAGCACGCUCUCUGGACAACCGUAGCCAUGGCCGACGCUGAAGUAUCUGCUGCACCGGUCACUGAAACUCCAAUGGAGGCUGACAAUACAGUACCAGCUGAACAACAGGAAGCAGCUCCACCAGCAGCAGCUCCUGCAGCUGCCCCACAAGCUGUACCAAGUCCAACACCUGCUGUUCAGGAAGUGGUAAAUGCUGAAAAAGAAGUUGCUCAAAAGGCUCCGAAAACAGUGGAGUUGCAGUCUUUGCCGACAAGAGCUUACUUGGAUCAGACUGUGGUUCCAAUUCUAUUAUCUGGACUGUCAACAUUAGCCAAGGAGAGACCCCCAAACCCGAUUGAAUAUCUUGCAGCUUAUCUCUUAAAGAACAAGGAAGAAUUCAAAAGCGGAACACCCAAGGAAUGAAUGCAGUAGAGUGGAGCUUGCUCAACUUAUACUCACUCUUUAACUUCAUGUUACUUUUAUUGUCUUUUCAGUUACUAUUAGAGAAUGGCCCCUGUCAACCACCUUUCGAACCUGUACAUUAAUUACAUUGUUUGCUGUUUCCCUUUUGAUUAAUUAGUUCAUACUGUUUUACUUGGAUAAGUUUUUCUAAUUCGGACAGUUCUUCAAGUGCUGCUUUAAACACUAUUUUAUAACCUUUGUUAGCCAGACUGUCCCAUGCAAAACUUAGUCAAUUGGUCUCUCUGAAAUAUUUUAUAAUUUGUACUACAAGCAAAUUGUGAUCGAAGUACAAAAGUAACUGUUCAAAUCACACAAUGUGUUCUUGGCUGUUUGCACGUUACACAGAUCUACUACGUAGUAACCAUUGGAAUACAUAUAUUUUGGAAAUGUUA